AUUUGUAAACUAAACUACACAAUACACAAAAUUAUAGCCCAAAUUAUCGUGUGCCCGAUCGCAAGUGACGACGAGUGUAACCAUAGAAACAGCCAAGACCCAAGCAAGAGAGUGCAGCGUAGCAGCCAGGGCUUGCGACCGGUGACGAAAUACGAGUCGGCGGAAGAGAUAGCGAUAGCAAUAUCCAAGCACAAGCACACACUGACUGCUGGCAUUCAGCAGCGAGCAUUCCCGGCGAACAGGCGCAAUUCCAGCAGCAGCAGCAGCAGCCAGUCCCCUGACCAGACCAGUCCCGCAGCCACAGUCAGAAGCCGAACCAUGUCCGUCGAUCCCAAUACACCCGUGCUGCGGAACUGCAUCCACCUGCCGUUGCCCGAGGACGAAUUGAUCGAGGUGACGGGCAAGGCCAAGGACUAUGCCAUCAUGCACGGUGCGGCCAUGCGUUCCAAGACCAGCUUCAGUCCGGAUUCCUUGAACUUUGCUCCGUUUGUGCUGGUCCCCUCCUCGUUUCCGCGCAAGGAGUUCGAGAAGGCGGUGGGCCUGCAGCCGAUCAUCAACCGUCUGAUGCACAAUGUGGCCCACGAUGAGGAGUUCAUCACCACCACCCUGGCGGAGACUAUCAAGGUGGAUGAGUUCACCGCCAAUCUGUUUAACAUCUAUCGGAAAGUGCUGGCACAUGGCUUCACACAGCGAACAUCAUUGGGGAUGCUGCGCAGCGACCUAAUGCUAGAGUCCGGAUGCCCGGAGCUCUCGCCCAAGGCCCUGCUGCUGCGAGGAGAGGCUGGCGAGGAUGGUCAAGCGGAUACUGCUGCUGCUGCUGCUGCUGCUGCUGGGACUGGAAGUGGAGGAGGCGGAAGAGGCAAGGCCAAGUCCAAGGCAGAAGCGAGGUCGGAAGAGGAGGAGGCCAAGCGGGAUAUGCAUCUGAGUCGGGCCACAGUCUCUGGGAUAACCACCGCUACCGUGGCAUCCAAGGAUCGAAAGACGGCGGCCUACUGCUGCUGGAAGCAGGUCGAGAUCAAUACGAUAGCUUCGGGCUUUGGCCAUUUGGGACCAGCAAGUAAAACCGUACAAAGUUUUGUGCUGAGAGAACUGGGACAUGCCGACAAGCUGCCGAAAAUGCCCAAUAACAAUGCCCUGGCUGGACUCUGUGACGGGAUGGUCAAGGCCUGGGACAUCUAUGCCAAGCCGCAGGCUGUGAUCCUGUUCAUCAUCGAGGAUGUGUCCUACAACAUCUGCGAUCAGCGCUUCCACGAGUUCUACAUACGGGAGACCUAUCCCCAUAUCAAGGUGCUGCGUCGUACCCUCACCGAUGUUCAUCGCGAGGGAAAACUCGGCUUGAACAAGGAGCUCCUGCUGAGUGGCCUUGAGGUAGCUGUGAUCUACUUCCGUGCCGGCUACGAGCCCGGACACUAUCACUCGCAGGACGAGUGGGAUGCCCGCUACCUGAUGGAGACAUCGCUGGCCAUCAAGUGCCCGUCGAUCCAGUACCAUCUAGCGGGGACAAAGAAAGUACAGCAGGCACUGGCCCAACCGGCGGUGCUGGAACGCUUCAUCAACGAUCCGGAGGAGAUCAAGGCAGUAGGCAAGAUCUUUACUGGUCUCUACUCGCUGGACGACAACGAUGCAGGCAAUGCCACCUACGAGAUGGCACUGCGCACACCCGAGAAGUUUGUGCUCAAGCCGCAACGCGAGGGCGGUGGCAAUAAUGUCUAUGGGCUGGACAUUCCAGACGCCCUCAAGCGUAUGUCUCGCGUUGAGCGCUCGGGCUGGAUCCUAAUGGACCUCAUACAUCCGCCCUUAACCAAGGGCUACAUGGUGCGUCCAGGCGCCGAGAUGCCGCCCACCAUUGUGGACAUGGUCUCCGAACUGGGAAUCUUUGGGGUAGUCAUCGGCGAUGCUGACCAUAUCAUUCACAACUAUCAGGCCGGUCACAUGCUCCGCACCAAGCUGGCGACGGCUAACGAGGGUGGCGUGGCCGCCGGCCUGGGCGCCCUGGACAGUCCCUAUUUGAUCGACAGCGACGACGAGGACGAGAACUAGAUGCAGUCCACCAAUCGAGCGGCAUUCCACCAGUGGCCUCAUGCGUGUAUAGAGAAGUUAUUUUUUUAAAGCAUAUUGUACAUUUACGACCCUACCCUCCACACCCUACCAACACAAAUAUGUCCGUGCUGUCUCAGUUGCAAUAAAACGUAAAUUUAUCAAAUAUA